CAGAUUUUUGCCAUUUCCUUGGAGGAAGUGUGCGAAAACAUAUGCAACCACUUUUUCAUGAAGUCAACUUUCCGAAAUCAUUUAAGGAUUAAUCCACACUGACAAAGCAUUGGAAUGCUGUGCUGCUCAAGUAAUGGACACCAUGGAUGAAAAGGUACCUUGGAGUGGAUGUGUGGUGCUGUUUAUGCAGUCCCUCUCACCAAUGUUAGAUCUGUUGUCAAUCUACAAAGACAUACAUCAAAAAUUCAGUCUAUUCAAAGUCCUUAAACUCACCCUUUCAGAUGUAAUUGGCUAUGAGGGGUAUGAGAUCUUGAAGUUGCACGAUGCUGACCCUGCCCUCGGACUGGAGCUGAAGUUCAUGGCGGUGGGCUCGUGUCGGCGCUUCUUAGAGAGCUACGCCUGCGGACUACUGGGGCAGGCUCUGCACCAACAUGCGUCUAGACUGCUCAUUCGACCUGAAGAUGUCAGCAUUCAGAUGCAGCUGAAGGCAGCCACGCACACGCUGGACCUCUGCUUGAAUGACCUGGAAUGCUGCCUGACAUAUAUAAGAAUAUCACAGCCCGUGAGACUUCGUGACGACGAGAUCGCUCAAUUGGAACAAGCACUAGCAAAGAGUUAUGCUCCUCAAGCUGUACAGCCAAAUGAAGUACCCAAAAACUGUUUUCUGUUCCAGCAACGAGUGUUUGGAGACCGACAACUGACCUCUGCUGAUCAGCAGCGGUUUGCAGCGAACAUUGGCCGGGAGUGGAAGAGAGUUGGACGAACCUUACAGAAAGGUUGCCGUGGACUACAAGGAACUGCAAUUGACAAUCUUGCAUACGAGUAUGAAAGGGAGGGGCUUUACGAACAGGCUUAUCAACUACUGGGGCGGUUCAUCCAGUCCGAGGGCAGAAAUGCCAAGCUUGGGCGCUUGAUUGGUGCACUGGAGGAAAAUAAAUUGAACAGCAUUGCCGAAAUUAUGCUUGACUUCAAGACGAGAUAGUGCGAAUGUACAGGAAAGUGAUGCAACUAUUGUUCGUAGUCUUCCUGUCCAUCAUUUAUCAUUCGAAUGGUUCAGGUGUGUCAGAUUUUAUAGGGUUAUACACACGUACCUUUGGCCUGACAUUUAUGUAUGUAUGUAUGUAUCUUUCGGGUCAUUUCAUGUGAUAUCGGACACUUUGGGGCCUGACCGACACACAUUUUAAUUAAAUGUGGUGUGCCUUUAUAGUGAUAAGGUAAUGCCUUAAUUUUUUCUUUUUUUGAUAUUCCAUUUUUGAUAUUUACUCAGAUGAUUGUUGAUUUCCAUAAUGUUUGUUUAAUAUGUAGAGCCAGAAAAGAGCUUUCAAACAAUCAGCAUUGUGUGUCUUAAAUUAACACAUCAAGGAUGAAUGUAUAAUGUCCUACCUUCUUAAUUAAGACUUCCUUCCUCCUCUCAUGAAAAUGUAGUUCUGGGGGUUUUACCUUUUCACUAAAAAGGCACUCCAAGUUUAAUUGAAGUCCAUGUCGGUCAGGCUCCAAAGUGUCUGACUUCACAUGAAAUUACCCUUUCGUAAAGAGUAAAGUGUCUUUUAAAAUGUUAAUUUGUCUUUUUGAUGUGUGGUCUAUAUACAGGGUGCCCCCAAAAAGCUGUGCUGCUGCCUAUUGCCAAAUUUGAUCUUUUUAUGAAUAUUUACUGCGUAAUAAAUAAUAUUUACUAGCGUGACUAAAGUACAGUAAUUUUUACA